AUGGUCCGUCCUUCGACAUACAUGGAGAAAUGCGAUCACAUUCUAGUGUUGACGGGUAUAGACACUUCGCGUUUCUACGCGAAGUAUCACAUACUCUCGGCCCUGGAGCCUCAGCCUGGCCCCAAGACGGAUCCUGACGACAUUGUCGGAGCUGCCUCACAUAAGCCUACGCCAGUCAAUCUCAGUGGCAUCAACUCCGACAAUUCCGCAGUGUUCAUCACAGAAGAGGGUGGAUUCGAAAACACUGGGGAUUGUGCAAACUUGUACCUUUCGUUUGGUCGUGACUAUCGCGCGCUAGUUACCACUCUUCUAUCCUCUCGCGUUUCUCAACCAGACUUUAAGGAUGCUCUUGACGUCGAGCCUGCUCAUUACACCGACAAGAACGGGCUUACCACAGCCGAACCUGAAAUCGGUGGGCUAAUCACUUACAAGUCCCCCACUCUGGAUGGGAGACAACGUCACACAUGGUGA